ACUGGUCUCAAGCACAUAACGACAAGAGUGAGUACUUUCUUUGCGGUGUCUCGGGGAAACAAAGAGGGAAGCAGUGUCUCGAGAGGAAUUGGGAGGCCAUGUUUGAGAAGGGUGCAAGGAACGGGGGCGCCAGGAGCUACCUUGUGGGCAUGCGUGCGGGCGACGGAUGCGAAAGGAUAGGGGGACAUGAACAAAGGCAGGGAGGCAGGCAGAUCUGAGGCGAAAAAGGAGGAGGAGGAGGAAGGAGGGGAUAGAAAGUAGAGCAAGGACGAAAUGCUGACCCAUAGUCUUGGCGCAUCAGUGGUUAACGUCAAGGACUGCCCUGCCGACGCCUUCAUCACGGCUUACGCCAACCACCUCAAGAGGUCUGGCAAGAUCGAGGUCCCCGUCUGGGUCGACAUCGUCAAGACGGGCCACUUCAAGGAGCUCCCUCCUUACGACCCUGACUGGUUCUACGUCCGAGCUGCUGCGCUCGCCCGCCACAUCUACCUGCGCAAGUCGGUCGGUAUCGGCGCGCUGACCAAGCACCACGGCGGCCCCAAGAACAAGGGCCACCGCCCCCAGCACCACGUCGCCUCGUCGGCCAACGUCCAGCGCAAGGCUGUUCAGGGCCUCGAGGGCAUCGGCGUUCUUGAGAAGGACCCCAAGGGUGGCCGCAGGAUCAGCCAGGAUGGCAUGAGGGAUUUGGACCGGAUUGCCGUGGCGUGCCUCGAGAGCCUCAAGGAGGACGACGAUGAGGAGGAGGAGGAGGAAGAGGAGGAGGACGACGAGUAAAUGCCGUAGAAGACACGCUACACACUGAGACUCGCUCGCUUGCUUUACUUUGGGUUAGGAGGGGGACGCUGGCAGCGGGUGGAUGUUUGUCGUCUCUCUUCGCUCGAUUGGGCGGGUAUCAUCUCUUUCCCAUCCCCCUUUCUCUCUCUUUUCCCCCUUUGUGUACUAUGCAUCAAAUGGUCUCCCCAGUCAUCGUCCUCUGCCAUGGGACAAACCAUCAAAAGCAAGAAUGCUGCUCGUCGCACCUGACGACGAUCCGGCUCAUGUUUUCCUUUUUUCUCAUAUCAUCACACCCACCAGAAUAGGCAUCGAUUAUUCAUACCUCGGUGUGAUUGAAGCCGCCGG